AUCAUAAAAUUAAGUUGGCAAGAAUUGAAGAGGGUAGUUUACGGAAGUGAUCGAAAGCAUCACGAUCAAUUGUACAAUCGUGGGAUUAGACUGAAGGUAUUUAAAAAUUAUAAAGCAUGGAGAAACCCAUCGUUCGUGCACGAGUGGUAAAGGUCCUUGGUAGGACAGGUUCCCAAGGGCAAUGUACGCAGGUUAAAGUGGAAUUUCUGAACGAACAAAAUAGGCAGCUGAUCCGAAACGUAAAAGGCCCUGUGCGCGAAGGGGACAUUUUAACACUCUUAGAAUCAGAAAGAGAAGCUAGACGGCUUCGUUAGUAUAAACACAAAAAGUGACCUUCCUUCUUGAUCAUAAAAAAGGUGUUAUGAGAAGAAACGUGCAGAUUCUAUCUUUUUAUACGUAUGUCGUUAAUAGAAUAUCAAAUAUUCUGAAUACUGAUGAUUCCAAUGAUACGCAUGCGAAUGUAAUUAAAAUUUGCAAAUAAAAGUAGUUCAUUUAUAA